AUUCUAUUCAAUAUGUCUGCCUCCAUGAACUGAAAUUGACGUCGUGAUUGUAGAAAAUUGUACAGACAUAAUUACAAGCUAAGUUUAAAUAAGAAGAAAUGCAAUGACAGCUUAAAAACUUAUCAUGGCUUCUGUGAUAUAUAGAAUAGUAUCGAAACAACCAUCAGGAUAUUGCAUAAAUUCAUCACUGCUUAGAUCUUCCUCAUCUCUGAAAUGCUGGCAGAGGUGUGUUACAACAUUUAGAACAGAGAUCUCUGACCCAUCAGAACAUUCUUUUGAACAUGAAGGACAGUUUUACACCAUACCGAAGAAGGAUGUACAGAAAAUCUUUAUGUUGAACUGGAUGAGUCCACAUGAAAAGAAUAUGAACAAAAUGUUUCAAGAGUUUAGUAUUCUAAUUAGAAGACCAGCUUUGGAAGUCAUGGACAUUUUGAAGAGGUUGAACUACAACUAUCCACUGACAAGAUUUCUUCUCUAUGGAGAAAUGAAUGCUGGUAAAAAGUUUACAAUGACACACAUAAUGCAUUACUGUCGGAGCCAGAACUGGGUCCUAUUGACCGUGCCUUGGGCCAAUGAGUGGAACUGCAAGAGACUGGAUGUUUCAUUCAACCACCACAAGGAAUCUCUCUUCGAUCUACCUGUUCACUCCAAAAUCCUCCUUGAAGAUUUUCUACUUAAAAACAUGAGUUUAAUUAAAGAAUUCACAACUUCUACUACAUAUGAGUUUUCUGAACAUGAAGCAUCAGAGCAAGGAAUACCCCUGACAGAUUUAAUUUCUUUUGGAAUUACAAGAAUGAAGUUUGCAAAUGAUGUUGUUGGAGCACUAUUAAAGGAACUGCAAAUUCUAGCAAACAAUGACAAAAUAAAGCUUUUAGUUACCAUAAGGGGCAUCAACUCAUUUUGGAGAAAGACUGGCCAGAAAAAAGAAAAAGUACAAGAGAUACAUGCCCAGCAGUUGACACUUGUAAACCAGUUCAUGGAGCUCCUACAAUCAGAUACUAAAAAUGCUGUUGCAAUGUGUUCAACAGAAAGUUGGGUUAAUGAUGUGACAGACAGAAAAUCAUAUCUUCCUACUGAGCUAAUGGGUAAAGAGGGCGUCGACUUUCUUGAGCCAUUUUUACCCAUUGAGGUCCCAAAAUACGGUAAUGCAGAACUACAGAGUGUAAUGGACUACUAUAUUGACAGGAGAUGGAUUCAGGCUCCAGAGGCAAAAACACUGGAUGGGAGGGCUCAAAUAAAGUUCCUCAGUGGUCACAAUCCUUAUCAACUAUACAGAGUGUGUGUGCCACUGUAGUGGAAAUUUAUAAGACUUUGAAUUUUGAAGAAAGAAAAAACCCAGAAAUUUAUUCAUAUAAUAAAAGACAAAAAAUAUUA